AAUGGAUCAAUAGAUUAAUGAGAAAAGGAAAAAAAAAAAAAAAAAGAAUUCAAUCAUAAUGUUUUCGAAUUUUUUGGAAAGCUUAUACGAUGGAAUCGGAGACGAUGACGCCGCCGCCGACGACGACGAAGACAACAACAGCGAGAAGACCCCGAGAUCAUCAACGGAAAGACACGAUUACGAGAGAAACGCCGUUCGUUUGUCACCGGAAGAGGAGGCUCAAGCGCGUGGUGUUAAAGAUGAUUUGACGGAACUUGGUCAUACCCUCACGCGUCAAUUUCGUGGUGUGGCUAACUUUCUCGCUCCGUUACCAGAUGGAUCUUCUUCCUCCGAUCGAUCAAACCAUCCUAGAUUUAACCAAUCUCGGUCUUCAGAUUUUGAAUCGAAUCAAUCGCGGUCUUCGGAUCUUAGAGUUUAUCAAUCUCGGUCUUCAGAUCGGGACGAAUCGUGUGUUGGAAGUGAUACGCCGGAGACUGGAAUUAGGUUUAGGAGCUGGGAUUUGGAAGAAAAAGCGGUAGAAAAUGUGUGUAAUGAUCCUGAGGAGGAAGAAGAAGAAGAGGAAACAGAUGAAGAAGAAGAAGAAGAAGAAGAAGAAGAAGAAGAGAUUGCUGCGGUUGCUCUUACCGACGAAGUGCUCGCAUUUGCGAGGAACAUAGCAAUGCAUCCAGAAACUUGGUUGGAUUUUCCUCUUGAUCCUGACGAAGAUCUUGAUGAUUUGGAAAUGACUGAUGCUCAAAGAGGUCAUGCCUUAGCUAUUGAGCGUCUUGCUCCGAGGUUAGCUGCAUUGAGAAUAGAGCUUUGUCCAUGUCAUAUGAGUGUUGGUUACUUCUGGAAAGUCUAUUUUGUUCUUCUUCUUUCGAGGCUCAAUAAACACGAUGCUCAUCUUUUGUCUUCUCCACAGGUGAUGGAAGCAAGAGCAUUGUGGAUGAAAGAGCUUCAGAAUCAGACCAAUUCUUCAAAAGAAGGUAGAGAUAAGAUUCUUGAGGAAGAUAUUACACCAUCAACUUCAAAUUACUACAACCAUGCUCCUCCUGAGUUUCUUUCUCCAAGAAUAUAUGCUUUUGAACCUCCUUCGAUUAUGUAUCGCGAUUUCGAACACGGGUCUGAAAACGCUCAGUUUAUCGAUAAAGCUGUUAUCGAGGAAAAACCAAUCCAGAAGAACGACAAAAAUAGUGCAAGCCUUAGCCAAGCAUCUAAAGAUGUUGAUGACGAUGAUGAUGAUUGGCCAGACGAAGAAGAUUCUGCUAAUUCUUGGGCUCCAAUGUUCACAGUGAAUGAGGAUGAUGUUUCUUUCAGUGAUCUAGAAGGAGACGACGAUAUAAGUAGCUUAGCACUCAAGUCUAAGAUUACAUCAAAGGGCACAGACCAAAAAGGAGCAUGAAACAUCAUCUGGCUUGUUGAAUUGCCCUGUCGAAGCAAUAGAACUGAAAAAGGAAUGUGUGCUGAGUCAAAUCGUGAAAGUCUUUUGGGCGAGUUUGAUUAUUUGUGGAUUUAUGAUGUUUGCUCUCAAAGAGAAGGAAAAAAAAAAAAAAAGGUUUUGAUUGAAAGCUGUACAGAAGAUUACCUUCAUCACUUCAAUUUCAUUGUAUUGUUCUCUCUCGUCGAUGUAAUGAAAUAUUAAUAGGCAGCAAGUGAUUAUUAAACUA